AUGUUUUCUCAGGUAACUAUAACCAGUAAAAUGUCUUCAUUUGCUUUACAUUUUAAUAACCCUAUGCAUCAUGCACCUAAACCCUACAAAUUUGGAUACAAUAUAAAAGACAAGCAUGGAGAUCAAUACAGGGAAGAAGUCGGUGAUGGAGCCAGUGGUGUGAAGGGCAGCUACGGAUUCACCGAUGCCAGGGGCAUCCACAGACGCGUGGACUACGUUGCCGAUCAUGCCGGAUUCAGGGCUCAAGUCAAGACCAACGAGCCCGGAACAGCCAACCAAGAUCCUGCUGCAGUCAAAAUGAUUUCUUCUGCUCCAUAUGCCGGACCUGAAAGCGGAUUCUUGGGCGCCGGAAUUGUGGGUGCACCUGUUGUCCUGGGUGCACCAGGAAUCGUUGGCGUCAACGGCCUGGGUCUUGGAUAUGAAAGGCAAGGUUAUGCCGAACUCGGAUACGGUGGCCUUGGAUAUGGUGGUUUGGGAUACGGUGCCGGACUUCUUGGAGGUUUAGGUUACGCUAGAUACGGCUAUUAA